AUGGCUGUCGAUCCCACUUAUCCCUUACUCCCGAUCGCCAACAUCCUAUGCGCUACCCUCUUAUUCAUCCUACUGGUCAUCAACUUCGUCAGGAGAUCUCAGGCCUUCAAUCUGCCCGUCAACAUACUCUCUUUCUGCUUGUUCUGGACCACGCUCUUCACAGGGAUCAACAUGGUCAUUUGGGCAAACGACAGUCAUCUCGACUUUCCAUUUGCGUAUUGCGACGUGGUGUCGCAUAUGCAGGUGUUCACCUCGAUUGCAAGGCCGGCUUGCACUUUACUGAUCACCCGCCAAUUGAAUGGAAUCGUCACCAUGAGCCCACUAGAUGGUUUUUCUCAUACCCAACGACGCCGUAGCAUCAUGUUCGAACUUGCUUUAGGAUUGUGCUUACCCGCUUUCGUAACUGGAGUCUUGUAUUAUAUCGCACAACCCACUCGAUUCGAAGUACUCGAGGGAUUUGGCUGCGUUGCCCUGGUUACGAACACGGGUUAUACCUUGGUGUUUGUACAAUCCUGGACUUUGGUAUUCCCGCUGUACUCUGGACUAGUGUAUUGCCCCCGGAUAGUAUACUUUCUCAUGCGACGAGAACGGCUUCAUGCAAGAUUAUUUAGGGCGAGGUCUUCUACGCUCGAGGCUUGGCCCCGCGUUCACAACAACGACGGCUUCCGUCUGCUCAUUCUCGGUUGUCUUGACCUAUGCCUGUCGCUCCCGCUAGCAGCCCUCCAUUUCGGCUACACACUGCGGCGAGCUUUGGAAUUGGGAUCUCUCUUCACUUUCUAUGAGGACUGGGCAUACAUUCACCAGAACUGGGCACCUAGUACCGCCAAAUACGCCAUGGAUGAUCCAAUAGGCCUGCUACAGAAUUAUAUACCCUCAAUCACCUCCGUCGUACUUGGGUUCGUCGUAUUCGCACUCUUUGGAUGCACCACGCAAGCACGUGCGAUGUAUGCACGCUUCUUCUGGACAACGCUACGCUUUGGCCGAAGAAGGGUGCCGGAAUGCUGCCCAUCUACGGGCGGGUUGCCGCCCAUGGUCUUCGUCACCGUUACCGCACAAUCUCAUAGCGCGUCAAUCGACUCGCUUGCGCCGACGCCAAUCAUCGCGAUACCACCCACGGCUGCCAUCUUCAACUUCACUUCUCCACUCGCACCCGCCCAUCGUAUACUAGUAAGCGACAUCAAUGGGGAGUACAUCAAUGUAGCGCGGAGCGAGGAAGUACAGACCAUCCGACACUGGUGCUGA